CGACAGUGCAACACUACCUCGAUCUCAAGUGCUGGAGGAACCGUGCGAGAUCUCUACUCAUCCCGCACAACAUGGCUCUUCAAUACCCUCUGCCAGUCAGAUGUCAGUGAAUGAGACAAAAUCCAGCCACAGCCUUUCGCGAGUGACGUACACUGAGAUCACUGAUAACAUUGCAACUUCUGAUUGUAUGCCCUACGAUGAAGAUGCCUAUGCCACUAACACGCCUCCCCCAAGUGACGUGGUUCUUGAGGAGCCCAAAGGUCAACUGCCAAAGACGCAAACAGACCUUGCACAUAUGCGACAAGGGCAGUCGAGCCCAUUGAUGCUAGGUUCUGUGAGCGAGAAAUCAUAUGUGAUGUCCGCCAAGGAACGUCUCGAUUUGCCGACGAACGAUCCUCAACCGGUCAUCCCGAAAAACAGCGAUGACGUUUGUCUUGGGAGUGACCAUGUGGGGAACACUCUCAUAACAGCAGAAGAAGAACCAGUCAGAAAGUCUAGGAUACGGAGUGACUGCAUGACUGUUGACGAAGCUCAAGCCUCAUUCGCCAAUGAUCUGCUCAGCAAGGAUUCGUGUCUACAACGAAAGCGCCCAUCCAGCGAUAGCUGGAAUGACUCGACAGGCAGAUACUCUUCCAUAAAAUCAUGCAGGCUGCCUUCAGCCACUAAGAGACGUGAGAGUCUGCCUUUACACACCCCGUCGAGCCUAGGCUCCUUGGCGUCAUUCAUGCAGGUCAGAGGAAGGAAGCCCAAGACGACUGUUACACAAAGUCCCUAUUUCAGUUCUCCUUCCAUCGACACGAAAGUUUCAGAAGAUGAUGCAUAUCAUUCGCUCACUCUACCAGAAACUUCCGUUUCGAUAGAGCUACCUCAGCAGAUUCCUGCUGCGCCACAAAGCCUCACACGCGGCCUAAAAUUGGAGUUGUCUACAAGACUCCUCAAGACGCAUCCAGACCUCGUGCGUCUUCUCGAACAAAGAAGACCACUCGUGUCAAUAGAAUAUUUCGACCAUCAGUACGACCAAACAGCCAAGGCUUGGAGCACUAGCGCCUCUUCCACAGACGCAGACAUAGUCCUAGGUUGCACAACCGUUCUGAUAUUAACAAACCUCCAAGCCACUACUCAGCUAUUCUUACCCGGACAUAAAUCAAAUAUCCCAGACGGUAACCCCAACGUCAACUCCCCCCUUCGCGAAAGGGUCUUCCUCCUUGCGAGGCAAUACAGCAUCGUAUAUGUCCUUAUAUGCCACAGCAGUGGCUCCUCAUCCCAGUCCGCUCCAGGGAGUAUAACUGUGCACAAGAACUUACUGACCUCUCUGAACUCCUUCACUGCUUUCUGUGACUCCCUUGCGGACUUUGCUAGUGUUCACUGCUUGUCGAUUCCUUCGGUCGCGGGUACUGUUGCUGGGUGGAUUUGUGCUAUUGCUGGCCAAUGUCAGAUUUGAUUCGCGGUAUAUGUAAGAGCUUUGUGGUAUCUAUUCGAAGUGUCUUGUCUUUAUAUGAUUGCUGUAUUAGCACUAGCGUUAUAGGAAUAAGAUUUGGGGGCUGAGGAAAAAUA